UCAUAUUUGCAGCACGUAGGCCUUAAGAGUGACAGAGAAUUCCUGUGUGGACGGGCAGCCAGAGGGCACAUAGCCGCCCGACAGCACGACCUUGGCUUGGGCAGUGACCCACAUGCCGACGCCAGCCAGCAUGGGCAAAGCUGCCGACUGCAGGGGGAGGACAUUCAGGCAUUCAUUCGCAGAGCUGUUUUGUCUGUCUCUGUGCCUCAUCACGUGUGUGUGCGUGCAGCGUGCCUCUGUAGUAUCGCCGUCUCUCAUGAAGCUGAAUGUCACCUUCUGGCUGCCGCCUGAAGGAACGGUGACACACAAGGAGGCCCCCUUGUGUGUGGUGCGUGUGGUGCGCGUAAUUGUGUGGAUGUGUGUGUGGGUGCAGACCGCUCUGCACUGUGCCCUUGCUGCUGUCGACGGUGAAAUACUUGGACGCAUCGGACUGCAGGGAAGACACACACACGUGUGGGUCGAUGGAGAGACAUAUAAUUGGCACACACACAGCGGAGAGAGACCUGUAAGAUAGCGACAUCAAAGUUGCCGCCUCCGCCCUUGCCCUCGGCCUUGCCCUCCCCACGGGUGCCGGGCGGCCAGCAGCAGCACACCAACAGCGACUGCGUGCUCUGCACCCACAACCACAACCACAACCACAACCACACACACACGCACACACACACACACAUUGAUGCCUGUGCCUGUGUGUAGGUGCUGGGGGAACUGACGGUGCUGCUUUCUUUGUCGAAGGUCAGGUGGAAUUGGCGUGACGGGUCGAUUGGUGUCUCUGCCUGCUGCUGCUGCUGCUGCUUGUCCUUCUUGUCGGCAGCAGCCUUCCCCUUGGCUGCCUCGGGCGUCUUGGUCUCCUCUCUCUCCUGCGGCUCGUCGGCUGCCGAUAUGUCGGUGGCCAGGGGGUGGACAGAUGGCUGCACGCACACACACAUAGGCAGGAGAGGAUGCAUGUGUAAGAGUGCAGGUACGCACCUGUCGGUCGAAAGCGCAUGGAGGCUCGUCGUAGGUGAGGUACAUCUGUGUGUUAAUGUGUUGGGGGGGAUGGGACAAGAGCACAGAGCACACAAACGCGACAAACGUGUGUGUGUGUGUGUGGCUGUUUGCCGAGUAAGUGAGUAGUUACUUGGUAUUUCCUGCAGGUGGCGUAGAGGUAGAAGUACUGCGGGGGCGAGUUGAAUAUCGGACACUUGACCUGACAAAGACACAGAAGCGGCACAAAUGCAUAAGCACAUUGUACCAGACGCACGUACAGCACAUACCCAGUACUUCUCUCUGUAGACGUCUUUCGCCUUGAAUGGCCUACGAGCCCACACACACAGAAAUGGACAUGUGUGCCCCUGCCGGCCGACAGAUAAGCUCACCUGAAUGUCACUGUAAGGUCCACCUGCCCGUCUGCCUCCACCGUGCCCUUGGCAGGCACCACAGAGAAGGCAGGCAGCCUGAAAACACCACCAAACCCACACAUAGGCACCUAACACAUCCAUGUGCGUGUGGCUAAGCUACUUCGCGGACCCAUCAGUGUUGGCCGGCUCCCGCACACACUCAACCAGCGUGUAGGGGAGGGGAUACGCAGAGGGAUUCUGAAUCGACACCGUCUGUGUGAGGAAGUCAGAGUGACCUGCACACGCCCAUACAUUCACACACGCACACAUGGAUGGAUGGAUGGAUAGAUGCGUACGCACCAUCGACGAGUGCGUCCAUGUCAACGAUGCCGUCUGUUGGCACGAGGGCACACAGGGGGGUCACUCCACGGCCAGACAGGGGGAGGGAGACGCUGCAUUCAUAUGCGCAGAUCCGUCUGUCGUUCUCUCUGUGUGUGUGUGUGUGUCUGUGCGAUAGAGAGACCUACCUGGUCCUCUCUGAGUGAAUGCGCAGCUCUGAGACAUACGCCUACACCCCCGCACCCACGGAUAUGUGCAUACAUACACAGAAAGAGACAGACCUGAGUGCUGGGCGGUUUGAAGCGCACGGACAGCGCAAAGGGGCGGCUGCCCACCUGCACACACAGUGUCACACACACAGAAUUCCAUGUGUUCAUUCAUGUGGUGUUGUACAAGCCUACAGGUCUUGGCGCAUUCACUGUCGCAAAGCCAGAGGACUGCGGCAGAGUGUCGACCCUUCAGACCCACACACGGCACAAGAAAUACACAAAUGUGGGUGUGUGUCCUGCAUCGAUGGAUUACCGACCGAAUGUGAUGGCGUCCCUCCUGCGGGAAGGCGUUGGUGAGGGUUACGUGCAUUAUACUGAUGGAUGGCGAACAUGACACAAAAGCAAUAAGUAGGCAGGGAGAUAUGUGUGUGUGUCUCAUUCUCAGAUGUGCCCGCCAACCGAACCGUUCCUCGCCCACAGACACGUCGCCGAAGCGCAGCUCAGACGGCUCGUAUCUGCAUUGCAGUGGAUUCGUGUGCGUGGAUAUAUGUGAAUACAUUCCUAUGGAUCGGUACCUCAGUGAGGCCGCCACUGUGCACGUGUGCGCUUCCAUGAAGACCGUGUGGCUGCUGCCAGCUGGAAGAUCGAUGCACAUACAGGGUCUGUCUCUGUGUUUGUGUGUGUAUGUGUGUGUGUCCGUUCCCCACCAUCCCGUCAUACCAUUCUUGUUGCUUUCUGUGUGGAAGUAAAUGGGUAUUUUCCAGCUGCAGUGCACAGAAGUGUCGCUGCGGUCGGGACGGGUGUACCUGCACAUUGGCCACAGCCAUGCAUCGACAUGUGGUCACAGAGCAACCCACCUACCGUCUCCCGCCGGAUUGUCGAAUGCGCGUGGCGAUGUCCGCUUUUUCCUUCACACAUUUGUGCAUGCAAGACAUGCAUACGAUACGAUGUGUGUACUUGUGUCCACAUAUAUGUGCAUCGAUCGGUGGUCCGUACGUACCUGGGGCUCUGUGGCGCUUUGCUCGUCCUCUUUCUCCUCAUCUUCUUUCUGCUCCGUACCCUCAGCUGUCAGUCACACACGCAUCGCAUCAGUACGAAGAGAAGCGUGGCAUCUUUACCCACCGUCUGUCUGUGUGGGUUUCGGGUCGUCUGUUAGAGUGCGAUAAGCCUCCGUCGGUGUGAAGGCGAUCUGUGUGUGCGCGAGAGUGCAGGCACACGCAGCCGUCCAUCGCUGUCCAUGCUGCCGACCUGUAUGCGUCUGGUCUCCUGAGGGGCGAGUUUUGCGUACAGCGGGCCGAUCGACAAGACGCUGUAUGCAUGUAGUACACGUGCGCGCGUCUCUUGUUUCUCCUUCGCUGUCUCUUUCUUUUUGUGUGUGCUGGACGGUACCUGAGCUCUACUGGUGGAGAGGCUAUGUUGACCGUCUGUGUGUGCACACGCACACACACAUCCGUCUUGGCAUUUUCAGGCCUUCGCUCCACUCACUCACUCACCACAUGGCUUUUGGUGCUGGUAUUUUGGAUGACGCAGCUCGCGCGCACCGACUCGUUUACCGGAAUGCUGUCGACAUACAGACAUGAGACAGACAGGCACACGUGUACACGUCUGCACCGGUCGCAGGGGAUGCGCUUGUGUGUACCGACCUGGCGAGUUUGCAUAUGGUGGGAUAUAUGCGUAUUGGGCAGAAGACGCCCUUGCCCGUGCACUUGAUGGGCACCUGCAGAAGAACAUUCGCGUCUCGGUGUGUGCAGGCCCCGCAAAGGGGCAGGUGUGUGUCGUUGGUUGCCUCUUUUGCACACAGGUCGCCGUAUUGCACUUUGAGCUUCAGCGUCUCGCUCUGGGUGCAUACACAAACCAUGCACAAACAAAGAGAUGAGAUAAGGUAGGUUGUGUGUACUUACUACCAUGUCCAUUGCUGCGUCUGGUGUGUAUGUGACCAUCAGGCGCUGCGUGUCGCCGCCUGCAUGCAUGUAAAACAACGUGUUGUGGUGUGUUGUGUCAGUGAUGUGACGCUUGCCUACCCAGUAUGACGCCGAUGCUAUCUUCCUUCUCGAUGGCUGGCCACACACACAUACCCACACACGCACGUCUAUGUGCAUCACACACAUCUGCACAUACGUACGUGGCUCGUCCUCAUUUUGGUUGCUGUCGUCCUGACACACACACGCACACGCACACACAUACACACACGCACACACGCACACACACACACACACACGGACAAAUACACACACAUGGAGCCACACAUGUGACGUCAACUUACGUUUUGCGAUCCGACGGGAAAAGCCUGCACACAGAGAGAGACACGGAGAGGUACAGACACAGAGAGAGACAGCAAAGAAACAGUCCACAUACUCACAUAAACACACACACCCAUGGGGAAACGAUAUGUCUCACUUUGAAGAUGCUUCUCAUCUUGGUCAGCCCGUAUGUGCAGGGCAGCAUGCAUCUGUUGGUCAGCCGCACCAGCAGCGACCGGCCAGUACCCACAAACACCUGCAUCCGUCGGCACACACGGGGAUGCAUGUGUUUGUGUCAUCAAUAAUCCUGCCCUCGCACCGAGCCAAAAUGCAGCUGCCUGCAAACACAGAGAGACACAUACGGUGCUACCAUGCAAAUGCUGGCGCCGAGCCACGAACUUGGGCGUUAUGUUUAUCUUUGCCAGAGUGAGAGUGCCUGUGAGGUGCGUCACCGCCGGCAACACCUGCAUAUGUACCCAGCAUUCACGCAUUGAUGUCCAUAUGUGUGUGGGCGUGUAGGUACCUGGUCAGCACCCCUGACAACCACAGGGAUGUUGAAGCGAUCGCACACCACACUAGCAUCUGGUAAUGAUGAUGGCGCAGCGACCUGAUGGAUGAACGACACCCGUGCACAUCCGUGUGUGCUGCUGCUGGUGGUGCGUACUGUCUCUGCUGCUGCUGGUGGUUGCUGCUCGUCGGCAUCCUCGGCGCUUCCCCCUUCGUCUUCACCGCCCUCCUGCGCAUUCGUGAAUUCAUUAACUAACACGCUCUUUCUCGUCUGCAUGCCCUCUCUGUGGCUUAUUCCUCCCCCUCUGUCUCACGUACGUACGUCAUCAGCACUUUUCUGUUCUUCCUGCGCGUCAGCCGCUCCCUCCUGCACACAGACAGACAGACAGACAGACACACCCAACUACACUGACAUACAGAAAGACAGGGGGACAGAAGUGUGGGCGGAUUUGUGUGCCUGUGUCUGCUGCUGCUGCUGCUGCUGGUCUUGUUGCUCCUGUAGGUGGUCGGUAUAUUGUGGGUGUCGGGUGCAGAAGCCCUCAUGGGGGGCGAAGCGCACGUUGAGCACCAGAGACGAGUGGCCCUGCGUGUACACACACACACCCAUUGGUGUGUGCCAGGUAGACGGGCAGAUGGACAUACACACUUGUAUGAAGGCCAUGGUGGGGUUGAAGGAGAGCUCCUCGGUGUUCUGGCUGGGCUGGUCGAUCCAUAUCUUCAUUGCCGUCGGCUGCCUGCAUUGCAGUGCAGUCCAUUCCGUUGUGUAUGCACACACACACAGGCGAUUUCCGCUUUUUUACCUGUUGCUGACCACAAUCUGGUGGCGGAAUGUGUGACCUGCCAGCCAUAAGCGCACACACGGGUACAUUCAUGUGCGUUGAUAUGUCUCUCUCUGUCUCUCUGUGUGUCUCGCUGACCGUAGGUGAUGGUGUUGAAGUCAUAGAUCGGCUGCUCGAUGUACACCGGCACAUCCACACACUCACAGCUGCACACACAGAUACAGACACAUACGCAGCUGUGCUCUGUGAUAGUGUACCAGCCCACCUUAGGAUGGCCACAGUGCUGUCCGUGUUCUGUGCGUCCAGCACAAACGCGGCAGUGUACACGCCGCUCUCCACUGGGGAAAACUUCACGCACAAGGCACAGCAAGACACACAGUGGGUGGCGGGCGACUGAUGCCGCUGACCCACCCUCCCACCCACCGUGAAUUUGAUCUUGUGCGUGUCGUGUGCCAUGAAAGUGCCCUCCUUGCUGACGAUGUCCAGGCGAUCCACAAAGGCUUGGGAGCUGUCAAGUGCUGCAUACACACACGCACACAUGCGUACCAUUGUUUUCACGUGUGAAUGCGCACACGUACAUGCAGUCUCCUGCUGUAUUUCGUUGAUGAGCUUCUCGUCGUCUGUGAGCAGGUGGCGGGCCCUCGUCUGUCCAUUGUGGUGUUGUGGACACACAGACACUCUCAUACACGCAAGAAAAGGUCAGUCAGAGUGCCUACCUGCAAGUCUUCUGUAGGCAUCAGUGGCCUGAGCUGAUAAAGGAGAGAGAGAGACAUACAUGUGUGUGUAUGUGUGUAUGUGUGUGUGUAUGUGUGAGGAGGAGCUUUCAACAGACAGAUCCCAGCGUACAUGGAAGUCGGCUGCAAGGGCCCCCUCAUUCUUCACCGUCAGAACGGACGACACACUCUCGCCCCUGCACACACACAGGUAGUAGGUUUCUUGGGGGGAAGGGCUGGGCUGGCAUACCUGAGCACUCGUUUCAUCCUGAUGUGUAUGUAUGAGUCGGCUGCAGAUUGCGGUGGAUCGAACACCAGCACUGCCACACACACGUACACGUGUUGCACGUCUUCAUGUCUCUCUGCGUGUUAAAGCACAGACCCGUUCUCUUUUUCCUGCAGACGAUGGGGAUGUCCUCCCUGCCGGUCUUGGCCAGCAGCGGCAGACAAGUGUACACGUCCUCAUUCACCUUCAUGCACCCAUGACAUGCGCACAGCUCCGUGUAGAUAGAUGCAUGUCGCACGCACCAUUUUGUCCAGAUUUGUCGUGCACACAUACCUUCGGUGAGAACUGAAUGUUGAGAGUGCACGAGGUGCCUGCAGACAUCCGGCCGGGCGGGGGCAAGGACACCUGUACACUCACACAUACACACAUCGACCGACACGCACAAGUCCAUCCAUCCAUCCAUCCAUCGAUCCAUGUGUGUGCGAAGCUUACAUGGAAGAAGUCUCUGGCUUUAUCCUCGAUGGGCAUCGUCCGGAAGUGGUUGAACGAGAGGCUCACGUUGGUCAGCUGCACCUGCUGCGCGUACACCUCACCCACCUACGCACACACACAGACAGACACGUGCGCAUUUUCCAUUUAUAUCCUCCGCAUCUGUGGUGUAUGUGUGUGCUUGUGUACGUCGAAGUCGUUGAACUGAAUGACGGCUGGUUUUGAGAGGAAGGAGCGGCCCCUGUGGACGCGAUUGCACACCUGAGUGAGUGAAUGGCGAGCGGCGAAUGCAUGUGUGUGUGUGUGUGUGUGUGUAUGCAUGCAGAAUGGUGAGUACCUUCUGCACUUCCCCCUGCUCAAUCCACUUUCGGUGCCUUUCACGCGCCCUCUCUCUGCAUAUGUGUGUAUGUGACGGCAGACAAAUACGUCAUGUAUAUGUAGAUGUCUGUUGGUCGAGCGAUCACCGGUAUGAUCUCUCCAGCUGUGUGUCCUUGGGCACCCAAAGCUUGCCCUCGCCCUCAUCAGAUCCGUCCUCUUCCUGCGCGUGCAUGACAUGUGCUUGUGGGGUGUGGAUGUUUGUGAAUCGGUGGGUGUAGUGUGGGAGUGAAGAAAAGUGUGCAAGAGUACCCACGUCGGUGUCUUCAUCUGAGGUGUCCAUGGCCCGUGCGUGGGGCGCCUAAGCACACACACACACACGUAUUACAUGUCUGUCAUCAUAUACCUCUCUCCCUCUCUGUGUCUAUCGAUUUUCUACCUCCUCCUCUGUCUCUUGUUUGUCUUCUUGUGUUGCCGUCGUGAAGGGGUCCUCUUCAUGCGCCAAUGGAUCCACAAACUGCGUCCCGUCCUGUCAUAUCCACACAUACAUACAGACACACAAAUGCGUCUGUGUGUCGUGCGAAUGGGUACGUGCCUGUGUGACAAGUCCCUUUCGUUUCAGCUUGGUCUCCUCUCUGGUCAGGAUGGCCUCAUGAAUAAGGCCAGCCGAGCCAGCAGGAGGGGCCAUCCUACACACGUAUCCACACACACACAUCCACACACACAUGUGCAAGCCGUCCUCGAGUGUGUGUAUGGUUACCCCAUUCCUAUUUUGGGCGUCUUGAUGAGUGUGAGCUUGGAGGGAAAUAUGUGCUGCAGACGACUGGUCGGAUCCAAUGUCUCGUUGCCAGCUACAAACAUCCACACACACACACACACACACACGCGUGCGCACAGACAGAGAGAGAGAGAUGGAUGGAUGGAUGGAUGGGUGUGGGCACUCACUUACCGAUAGUUUUGUGUCGGAUGUAUUUCGCGUUCUGCUGGUCCUUGUUCAGGCCACCUGAAUGCGCAAAGCAGUGCUGAGAACCAUGCAAGGGCAUAAAUACACACUGACACCCCUGUGUGUACUCACCAGCUGCAGCGCGCUGUGACAGUCGCUCGGCCAGAGCUCUCCUGCAAACAUACACACGUACAUGCGUGUACGUGUACCUGUGUGUAUCUGUGUGUAUGGUGCACACCGACGGACCGACCGUCUUUUCUGUUCGUCUUUGUUGUGUGUGUGUUCCUCUGCGGCCAUCCUUCGGGCGAGCACCUCGCGGCCCUCACGCAACCUCCCCUCUGCUGCGCUGUGCGUGCUGUCCUGUGGUGUGUGGACAUGCGGGAACACAUACUCACAUUUGCAGUGUGGCGGAUUGUGGCUGCCUGCCUGCCUGCCUGUUGUUUCUUGAGAGCCUCGCGUCUGAAAAUCUCAUAGGGGUUGAUGCCCUCGCUGAAUGAAUGGAUAUACACGCAUUCACACAUAGGUGCCUCCCUCUGUGCGGAUUGGGUGGCCCCAAGUACCCUGCCUACCUCAUAAGCCGCUCUUUGUCCCUUUCCAGCCUCUCCUUCAUUGCAUUCUCGGCCUUGACGUGACGCGCGCGCACUGCCGACAAAUGAGAUUUCACCUGAAUGAAUGAAUGCACAUUCCAUUCAUGCAGACAUCCUCGCAUGUCAUCCCUGUGUGUGUGUGGGGGGGGGGGGAGGAGGGGAAACGUGCCUUGUCAAUGUUGCCUUUGAGAUUCACGAUCCUGUCUGCCUUUGCAGUGAACUCGUCCUCCUCUGCCUCACGCACAAGCGCCUCGUCGUGCCUCAUGGCCGACUGUCGUGUGCACACACACAUUUAGAGGUCCACAAGCCAUGUUCUGCGAACGGGAUGGAUCGGUGGAUGGACCAACAAAUGCAGGUACCUGCACUUUCUUCAGUCUCAUUUUGGCCAUCCGCUGGCCGUCCGUCUCGCCCUCAUAAGAAGGUUUUCCUGCCACCUGCACGCACAAACGCGUAAUACUGUUGCGCUGUCUGCACGCAGGCAGGCAGGCAGGAAGGCCUAUAUGUGCACUGCACGGGUACCUCUUUGCGUGUCACGUCGAUCUUGUGCUGCAGGUCCUUCAACGCCCUCUUGCCGCGCUUCUCUUCCGCUUUUCUCUUCUCACCUGCAAGCCUACACACCAAUCACGAGGACGGUGGCACACACCAAUAUAUGUGUAGGGUGCGUCUGCUCAAUCUGGGUGUGGUGUGUUUGUGUUGGGGGAGAGAGGGGGUUACUUGUGCGCUGCAGCAGUUGCUGCUUCCCGUGUGUGUUGGUCUUUGUCCGCCUCUCCCUUUCUGUGAAUGCCCGGAAUCUGCACGUCCAUCUCUCUCAUCUGCAGCUCGUGUGCGUGGACGCGGCUCUCGCACUCGGACACACUGCACGCCACGCCGCCAUUCCCACACACACCCAAUUAAUCGCAUAUCAGAGUUUGUGCCUGUACGUGUGGUGUGCGCACUGUAGGUCUGUGUGUGUGUACCGUUUCCAGGCCCUCUGAAUCUCCUGCCGGUUGUAUUCCCUGGCCGCCUCGUCUCCUUCACCUUCAUGAGCGGCCGCCUCCUUGGCAGCUGAGUGAGGUAUAUAUCCAUUCCAUCCGAUGUGGGAUGUGUUCAUCUUGCCUUGCCACCACUCCACUUGGCAAGCACUGGCUGACCCGCUUACUUACCCGUCUCCUGCACACGCAAGCCAUCCAUGGCGCGCUGCAAGUUGGUUUGCAGCCGAGACCACUCCUGCCUGCACAACAACAUACGCGCGUAUUGGGUGGUGGAUAUGGCGUCUGCAGCAUUGGCUGCCUCUCCUGCCUCCGUCUGACUUCAUUCGUUCGUUCUGCCGCAUUCGGCGCAGGUCGACGUCUGCCUGUGGCUGGGUGCCCCUGCACACAGACACACACAGAGAGGAAGAUGGAUUUGCAUACUUACUGUACAUGCAUUCACAUGCUGUCCAUAGACGCGUGCAUACGUCGUUGCCUGCUUUGGUUGCCACCGGCUCGCCUCCUUCCCGAGCACUGGCCCAAGGCCAGACAGCAUCAGAUUCUCUCCUUCUUGAAGUUCGUCAGCCAUGCUCAUCGGCCCGAUGGCAUCAUGCCCAUGGAGCAAGGGGGGCGGAUCCACCAUUUCCCCUGCCGCGUACUCCUGAUCACUCUCGUCGCUCAU